AAGCUUUUCUGUAAUUUGAACCAUAAUUUCUCUCUCUCUCUCUCUCUCUCUCUCUACUCUCUCCGACACGAAUAAACCCUUGACACACACCACCAAAAACCCCCUCCAGUCACUGAAAACCUAUUUUCAAUUGUUAAUUUGCUGUUAACCUUCACCUGUUGAUCGCUAAUUUUGGGUAAUUUUUUGAAGGAUAUCAGAUUUAGGUAGCAUUUGCGCUAAUGCCACGGUACUACUGUGAUUAUUGCGACACUUACUUGACCCAUGAUUCUCCUUCUGUCAGAAAGCAGCAUAAUUCUGGUUACAAACACAAGGCAAAUAUAAGAUCUUACUACCAAAAAUUUGAAGAACAGCAAACACAGAUUCUGCUCGAUCAGAAAAUCAAGGAGCAUCUCGGCCAGGCAGCAGCAUACCAACAAAUCGGUGCAGCUUAUAAUCAACACCUUGCUGCUUUCCCUGGAGCACGGCCACGCCUACCUGUCAUGCCACCUCAUAUGUUACCUUAUCCAGGAGCUAUGCACCCCCAUUUCCCCCCCGGGAUUAGGCCUCCCGUUUUGCCAUUACCUAUUCCUGGUUAUGCAACUGGCCCAAUGGUCCCGAUGCAGACCCCAAAUGUUUCUUCGUUGCCCUUGCCGCCCAAUGGGGCGGCAGCUCCACCAGGUACAAGUAUCCAUUCAUCUGCUCCACCACCACCUGGCUCUACACAAAUGUACAAUGUUAAUCCCAACGGAGCACCUUCUCCUGGUGCUACUGCAACUGCAACUUCUGGAGGCUAUUCGUAUCCACAACCCUCUUAAACCAGUAAUUGAUUUAUAUUUGAGGGCUAGAGUAUUCAGGACUUCAAAUUUGCGAUGGGCAUGUUUUUCGUGUAUCUCGUGUAAAAUGUGGUGCUCCAUAUAUCCGAGAGAGAUAUUUAGAUGAAACCAUGUACGGAAAGUGAAAAAAUGUUAGAUUCUUCGAUUAAACAAUACUUGUGGAGAGAUUAUAUAUAGGGAAUGAUUCUUGAAGACCUCUCGCUGUUGUUUUCUACUUUUUUCUUUUUGUUAACAACUAAAAAUCUCAAUUAAGAAGUUGAAACACUUGAUACC